AUGAAAAGCAAGAAACUGUCAUACAAGCUGCCUGGCUUGCGCAGGUAUUUCCGGUGUUUGUGGAUGUUUGUGGCACUCUGGAUUCUGGAGCAGCAGAAUGUGUACUCCUCACAGGCAUCAGGUAGAAACGCCGCCGAGGAUGAUGCAGAACUGGAAACCACCGGAGGAGUACCGGACGACACUAUGGCUAGGCUGCAUGAAGAACUGGCUGCCCAGCAGGAAAUGAUGGAUCCCCAGCUGGCGAGUUUACAUCUGACAGAGAAUCGAUGCCACGUAAUUGCUUUCACUGUUCUUUUCUUGAUCUUAGUAAGGGCAGUUGUACUUCUCAGGGGGCGAGAGCGCAAAAAGAAGGCGGAAGAAGAAGUUAAACCCCCCCAAGAGGAACCCCAACCGAAAGGGGAAGAAAGAAAAGCAAAAGAAGCAGAAGAAGGAAAGCCUGUGCAGGAAGAAAAACCUUCACCGGAACUGGUAGUUUCGCAGCCAGAGGAACCUGCAGAAGAAAUAUCCCUGCCCCACAUGCCUACACCAGAAAUGCCCAUGCCGAUACCGCCGCGUAAACCAAAAGCGGAAGUUCCACAUGAGAAACAAACGAAACAACCAGAGGAGCGUGGUGGCGAUGGAAUACCAGAUGAAGGAUUCGUGCAGAGGCCGAUAACUCGUACGAGGAGGACCGGAAAGGAGCUUGUCCGGAAGGCGGGACCUCCUCCCACAGCCCCUCCCCAGGUGCAACCAGGUAUUGAAGAGGAAGAGGAAGCGGCAGCAGAAGAACACGCCCAACAAGCGACUCAGCCACCUCCUGUAGAGCCUACUACACCACAACCUACCUUGCCACAGCUUCCAGAGCAGCCAGAUCCAGGUCCAGCGCCAGCAAUCUUUUGA